CUUGUUACUGCUCAAAAACGUAAAACUCAAAAACCUAAAACAAAAAAUUCAACGUUCUUCGCCGCAACCUCGCCAUAGUCGGCCCAUCACUGUAUUUUCGCUGGUGUUUUGUUGCCGCAACCUCGCCGGAGCACGAUUUCGCCGUCGUCUUCUUCAUCUUCACAUUUCAACUCAGGAGCUUGUGUGGUCUGUUUCUCAUGCAAGUGAUGAGAGCACAGAGUACAUUUAUUUGACUAUCAUCAGACUCCAGGUACCCAUUUAUCCUAAUUGUAGAUCCUUAACAUGAUAUCUUUUUCCACCGUUCAUUCUAAUUGUAGAUCCUUAACAUGAUAUCUUUUACCAUUGUUUAUCCAAAUUGUAAGUCCUUAACAUGAGUGUUAAUCGAAGUUAUUGGGUUUACAUAAGAAAGGAGUGAACUUUGAAUUGGUUUUGGUUUUAUUUUGAUGUUCUAGAAAGACUAAACAGUAAUCACACCUUUAUUAAGAAUCAAAACCCGCAAUGUAAAUCUUCCAUAGCGCCGCCAUAGCUGAUAUUUGAUAACACUGGUUGUAGGCUCUGUAUAUCCUAAGCUAUCCGUGUCGUGCAACCUAUUACUGGAAAGAUAAUGAACUAUAGCUGUUAACAACCUAUUACUGGAAAAACAGCCUAUUACUGAAAAGCAGAAGUUAUGGUGUUAUGGUAGUUAUGGUGGAGCUAAUUUACACUAGUAUAAUCUCUAACUAACUAUAACCACCAUAACUAACUUAGAUAUCUGGAAUAAUAUUAUACUAUGGUGUGAUUCUUCCUAAUUUGUUCCUAGUUGAUUCAGCUCAACUUGGUCUUGUUUGAUAACUCUUGAGUUAAAUUAUAUCUUUUUGACCAGUUUUGGGCAAUUUCGCUGACAGAAACCGUCCCUCGUGACCAAAAAAUGUGGUAGAAACUAGUAUUUAUGACUCAGAAAAUAGAGCGUCUUGGUUUCUCCCAAUCUAUAUCCAGUCCCUAAAUAAUUGCCUCCUGAUUUUUCCUUCAGCUUUCCCAUUUAUUCAAAAUCUCUCUUAAUAACAUAUCUGCAGCUUAAAACAUAAUAACUGUGGGUUGUUGGCUAAUAUCAUAAUAACUGCAGCCUAAUAAUAACAAUGCUAAUAGGAGGUGUAACUAAAUGUUAUGAAUUGUGUUGGCAAGAUUAAGCAUCAGAUAUUCGAAUAAUACUUCUGCUUACGGCUAUACCUUUUCUUUAUGAUGUGCUAAGAUGCUAGGAGAGAUUAAACCACCUUGUUUCCAUUUCAUGUUCUUACCUUCAAAAUGUAGUGUGACGGUUCUGAUGCAUGUUAUAAUCAGCCCCUGAUGUACUCAUCAAUUGAAUGUAUCACACCAUGCAUAGCCAGUUCUCGUCAAGUCUGAUUGUCAUUUUGAUGUCUUUAGUUGAAUUGUACUAGAAAUGAGCGCAAUGGAAAUAGAGUUCAGAGAUCAAUUGAAUAUCUCUCUUAGUUUCUAAGGAGUGAGCUAGACAUAUAUAGUAUAAAAUCAUGUGUCCUCACCAAACAGCUUAAAUUUUUAUGAGAUAGUUAAAUAACAUGUUAUUGAUUAAUCAAUACGAUAUUUACUAUUUUAAACCUAUCUUAUAGUUUAGGAAUUAGUUUUUCAUGAAACACAAGGAUAUGAUAGAUGAAAAGAACCUAAAACCAUUGGUUUAAAAAGAAAUAAAAUGAUUAUGAUUAGCACAUCUUAGAGUUAUGCCACGAAAUCUCAUUAUAAUUCACAGCUUCUUGUAUUCUUUUCCAUUUUUAUGCACACCUCAUUCAAGUUUAUAUCAUCAAUGGCCUUACUUGUUCUAGCUUCGUAGUUUUAAAUCCAUAACUUUAACCAAAAAAAAAGUCAAAACAGAAUACAAUCACUUUGGACUUGUUAGACAGUUUUGACAUAACAUAAAUUGGAGAAGGUGGAGAAUUAAGCAGAGCCCAUUUAAAUUGGAGAAGGUGGACUCAGUGAUGGCUGAAUAUGUGUUGAGUGUUUUUUGUGUGUAUUAUGCCCAUUUAUUUACAUAUGCUGCAUAGACAGUUGCAUUCAUCUGUCAUAAACUAUUUUGCCCGUGUCUUUGGAAGUAUAUCAAAUUGGGAUGUUUUAAGAAUGAUGUUGUAUGAUACUUUGUUUUAUCAUGUAUCUUGCUUACACACUGACAUGCACAGGAUUGAUUUGUCCAGUUAUGCUUGUUCUACAAACAGACAUUAUGAUCUAUCAACCUUACAAUAUUAAAAUGUUUUUAACCAAGGCUUGGAUAUGUGUUUGUAUUUAUGUGUUAUAAAUUGUGGCUGGGAAUAGGUGUUUGAUUGCAUGCCUACAACCAUAUAGGUAUUUGAAAACUAAAGUAUCAAUUGUUAAUUUGUCUUUAUGUUUGGUUGGUGAGAUUGGGUUACUGACUGACUUAGGUGCAUCUAAUUUUUGUGUUAGAGAGUGUUAGUACUGUAAAUAUAUUAUUAACUCAACCUCAUUCUCAACACCCAUCUCAUUCUCGUCCUCAUUCCACCCAAUCUCACCCUUUACCAACUCAACCCCAACCCAAUCAACCUCAAUCUCGAUCACGGCCUAAACCCACCCAAUCUUACACUCAACCUUCUCAACCUCAUCCUAGUCAACCUCAAUCUCGACCUAUCCCUUCUCAACCACAUCCUAGUCAACAUCAAUCUCGACCUAUCCCUUCUCAACCACAUCCUAGUCAACAUCAAUCUCGAGCUAUCCCUUCUCAACCACAUCCUAGUCAACAUCAAUCUCGAGCUAUCCCUUCUCAACCUCAACCUCAUUCUCAACAUCCAUCUCGACCCAUCACUUCUCAAAUUAUGGUCAUUGAAGCCCCAUCUUCAUCUAGCCAUGUUAGUGGAGACACCGUUGGAACUAAAAUCCCAAUACUUCCGGAAGGUGAUGGGUUUGAUCAUCAUAAAUUGGUAGUUGCAGAAAUUUCCCACAUCAGACGCACUCAUUUGAGUGAGGGAAAACCAUCAUGGAAGAAAUUAUCAUCUAAUCAAAGAGAUUCUUUGUUUGACUUAUUUCAGAAAAAGUUUUCAUGGCCACCGGAACACAAGAUUACGGUGCGACGUAACUUUGAAAGAAGAGGUGCAGAAAAGAUGUCUCAGCUACUACAAGAUGUUCGCAAAGACUUGGAGUAUAGAUCGGGUUGGAUGGGAGCUGAUGUGUGGCAGCAAUUAUUUGAACAUUGGAAUUUGUUAAAGUUUAAAAAAGCAUCUGAGACGAAUAAAAGAAACCGGUCUUCUAUGGAUGACGCAUCUCUUGACUUAAUUUUUGGAUUGUAUUAUCUUUUUAACUUGUCAAACAAAUGAUUAGUAAUAACUUGAUUUUUUUGAGUCAGUUUUAGUAAUGACUAAGUACUUCUUACCAAUUA